CAAAAUAACAAUAACGGGGCUCAUAACAAAAUGGCGAGACAAGAAGCAGUGUCAGCAGAACAUAGGGCCAUAUGGGCCAAGGAGCGACGAAGAUCCACAAAUAAAUAAGUACGAUAAAACUAAAUAAAUAAGUAAGAUAAGACUAUUGGUUAAAGGACAAAAGGACGGAGACGAUCGGAGUGUGAUGGACAAUCACAUCAGCGUUACAUGCUCAGUGCAUCCAAAGGAGGGUGUUGUCGCGUGUCCGACCAGAGUCCGGCGAAGGUGAAACCUCUUCGCUUGUUCCGAACACGGAGCAGCAAGGAGAAGGAGUGGGUUCUUCUGCCCGAAAAAGGGAACACCACCGCGCUUUGUUCAUCAUAUAAGAACGCUGGCUCGGCAGAUCGUCUGCCAAUCGCGAGGCGCAUCCAAAGGAAGAGUGAUAAGGAAGAGUUUGCAAAACGGAGCUACGCAAAAUCUAUAAGGCAUCUUAAAACCACCAAUGUAGAACAAUCAGAGCACUGAAAAACUGGAAAAACUUUAACUUUCUUCACGGAUUUCUUACUUCUCAAAGCGAAUACAGCGUCUCCAACGCAACCAAAACAUAGGCAACGACUGUCAAUUUUUUUCAUUCAUUUUUCUAAUUUUCGCGAGCGAUUUUGUUCGGUAUGACUUCACCUGUUUCCUAUAGACACUUUGGUUGGGUCAUAGAAUUCUCGUUGUGUGAAUAUGUCUGAUUUUGCGCCAAAUAAUCGUCAUUUGCGGGAAGUGCUACUUUUUUUAUUUAAUUCGAAAAAAACGGCGGCUGAAGCGCAUCGAGAGUUGAAAAAAGUUUACGAGAAUGCUGCUCUGAGUGAAACAACAUGCCGCGAUUGGUUCCGUCGCUUUAAAGAUGGUAAUUUCGAUAUUGACGACUGUCCGCGUGAAGGAAGGCCAAAAACAUUCGAAGACACUGAAUUGGUGAAAUUGCUCGAUGAGGAUCCAUGCCAAACACAAGAACAGCUUGCUUCGGUAUUAGGAGUUACCCGCCAAGCCAUUUCUAAGCGAUUGCAUGCGUUGGGAAUGAUUCAAAAGCAAGGAACUUAAAGCAAGUGAUUCUACUGCAUGACAACGAGCUCUGCCAGAAAGAUGGGAAAAAGUUGUAACCAGCGAUGGGAAAUACUUUGAAUGAUGUAUAUAUCCGGACGGACGUACAAAACCGGCUUCGUGUUUGACACAUUCUUACAAUUACCCACGAACCGGUUCAACAGAUGUAGUUGAUGCAGUGGACAAAACAGAACGUACGAACGAACGCAUCGCGUUCGGCAGAUAGCCGUGCCGUUGUCCAGAUCCGUGCCGUGCCGGACCUUACAGCGCAUGAUUCUCCUUAUGAUUGAGCGUGGAGCGUCAAUUGCAAAGUAGACUUAUCACCACCACCGUGAGCAGCAUAUACCGAAGCUGAGUGCAGCGAGUUGGAGCCAGCGAUGUAAAGAACCGGGCCGUGGCGCUGGCGCUCUUUCAUUACGCUUCAUUCGACCGUAACGACCACGACCAGCCAGGCAUGUCUCCCAAGGCAAAGCAAAAGAAAGAGGAUCCAUCAAAGGCGAGCGCCAGUACCGGUGAAUCCGCAACGAACCUGCACCAGCACGAUGCACAGUACGGUGUGUUGGGAAUAGUGUUGCUGCUGUUUUGUGGAACCGUGUCCAGCUAUCUGUGCACGCUGCUACCGGAUGCACUGACCACCUCGGAUCUUAGCAACCAUCCGAUGGCUUUCAUUGCCGAGCGAGCCUGGGAAAGUCUGCAGGUGUUGAACGAUUUCGGCCCCAAACCGACCGGGUCCGUCGCCAAUGAGCUACGAGCGGCAGAAUAUCUCCGACGGGAAAUCGAGAAGCUUAAGGCAACGAAGCAUUCGGUGCAGCAGAUCGAAACGAAUCAUCAAAUCGUGUCUGGUGCCUAUCCGAUAGCGUUUCAAGGUCAUCCACUGACAAGUGUCUAUCGGAGGGCACAGAACCUCGUCGUCAAGCUGCUCGGUGACGGUGCGAAGGAUGGCGAUCCGGCAUUAAUGUUGAAUUGUCAUUACGACACCGUGGCUAGCAGCCCCGGGGCCAGCGAUGAUGGAGGAAGCUGUGUCGUGAUGCUGGAAAUCCUGCGUGUUCUGUCCCGCUCUCCAGAGCGCAACCGUCACUCGAUCAUCUUUCUGUUUAACGGAGCUGAAGAGACACCGCUGCAGGCAGCGCACGGUUUCAUCAGCCAGCACCGGUGGGCCAGGGAAGUGCGCGCCUUUUUGAACCUCGAAUCGGCCGGAUCCGGUGGCAAGGAGCAACUGUUCCAGAGUGGCCCUCAGCAUCCCUGGCUCGUGGCAGCCUAUGCCCGUGCCAUACGGCAUCCUGCUGGACAAACGUUCUCCGAAGAGCUGUUUCACUCCGGACUCAUCCCAUCGGAUACGGACUUUCGCAUUUUUCGAGACUUUGGCCACGUCCCGGGGAUGGACUUUGCGCACACCAUCAACGGGUACCGGUACCAUACGCGAUUCGACAACAUUAACUUCCUUACGCUUCCGGUCCUGCAACGCACCGGGGACAACAUUCUUGCCCUAACGCGGGAAAUAGCGAACGGCGAUGAGCUGGCCAUGGUGGCCGAUGAUUCCCACUUGGCCACUGGAUAUAGCGUGUACUUUGACUUCUUGGGAUUAUACUUUUUCCACUACUCUGCCUCGGUCGGCCAGCUGUUGAACUAUGCCCUAGCGGUACUCUCGUUAGUGCUACCGUACGCCGAACUUUUGCAACCGGUACGAAGGGUUGGUGGUGCCGGACAUAUCAACCGUCAGCUGGUGGUUGGCUUUUUAGGAACGAUCGUUGGGACAAUACUUAGUAUCGUGGUAGUGCUGAUCAUCGCCAACCGGCUCGAUGCUAUUGGGCGCGCUAUGGCCUGGUACUCCACACCCUAUCUCAUACUGGGAGUGUAUGGAUGCCCGGUCAUGUUGGUACAUUGCUUUAGCCAACGGAUAUGCAACCAUCUGCUGCAACACAAAGAGACAUCGCUCAACCUGGCUCAAAUCGUGCGAUCACGGCUACUCGGCGUCAACCUCUUCUGGGCUGUAGUGAUCGUCUACCUUACGAUAGCCAACAUCCGGAGCGCCUACAUACCGGCGGUCAUUCUGCUCUGCUCUGUGCUUUCCUCGCUUACUAUCUCGCUAUUUGGCUAUCAGCGACGGCCACAUCGCUGGCUCGGACUGCACCUAGCAUUCCAGUCGGUGGCCAUGCUAUGGUCAACGAAUUUCUAUCAUUUAAUUAUGAAACUUUUCAUUCCCAUCACCGGCCGAAUCGGUGGCACGGUUAAUCCGGAAUACUUGAUCGGGUUGCUAGUGGCGAUCGGUGGGUUGCUAUGCAUAAGUUAUCUCGUACCGUUAAUUGGUUUGCUGAAGCAAUCGUCGGAGCUGACGGCCCGAUUGACCGUCUUCGCCAUGAUCGGAUUUCUACUCGCAUGCUGCACGCAGGUUGGCUUCCCCUAUCGAGACGAAACCAACGGAGAACCGUCCGUUCAGCGUCACUAUGUUACGCACACUCUUCAAGUUACGAAUGGAAGCGUAGGCUCUGGCUAUCUGUUGCGCGAAAUGGAUCGCAAUGCGGUACGGGUUCUUCGAGGUGUAGCGAAGCCGCUUGAGAUAACUCCCAUGCGACAGAUGGACACCUGCAAAACGAUGCCCUUCUGUGGAAUACCGUUCUACUCCGUGUGGCACCAGAUUCGGUUCGAUAACUAUUGGCUCGAAGGACCUCCGCCUUCAUUGGAACCGGAGCACGUCCCUACAUUCGUACUGGAAAAAGUAUCCCAGCUUAACGUCACCACUCGUCGAUAUGCUUUCAACAUUGGCCAUCAUCAUCAAACGAGCGUCCAAUCGGCCCUGAUCAUCGUUCCGCAGCCUGGCGUCCGUCUGGUCAAAUGGAGUCUCAUGGACACGGUUCCCGAGAUGAUGGAGUUCAAUGGGCAACGGGGAUACUUCGUUCUUAUCACCUACGGCCUGGCGCAGGAUUCCGUGUGGAAUGUAACGUUCGAUUUUGAGUAUGAUCCUGAGGCUAAGCGACGCAAGGCUGAAGACCCGCUGGUUGCUAUCAGUUGGAUAAACACGUUCUGGGAGUGCAAAGAACGGCAUACGGUGGAUUUCCGAGGCCUUCUCGAAAAGUUUCCAGAGUGGGCACACAUAAUACCUUCUGUAGCCGUUGUGAAUAUCACUGAAUAUUAAACGGGGCAUUUUUUAAUGAAAACGAA